GGAGUACAAGAAUGGCCUGGCGGAUGCUGCGAAGAAAGGAUGUCCAAGCAGGCCUGGUGAAGCUGGCAUUCCGCACAGAUCACGGCGGAACGAAGCAUUUCUCCAGCGCAAAUCUGGGGAAGCUGACGCAGUUUGUCCAUACCAGUAGACUCCAAGGUGUUGCUGAUUGUAAGAUCUUUCAACACUACACUGUCAGGAAUUUUCAUGCAGGUGUGUAUAUGCUAGCAUGGAGCCGGAAAAAGGAGGAUGUUGUAGGGUUAAAAGCACCAAAAAAGGAGAAGCGGGUGAAGAGAGAACCUAGGACUCAAGCUCCUGUAGAAGCGCCAUAUGUUGCACCAAAACCGAAGAUCACCAUUAAAUCAUCACCAGAUAAAAUUGUUGAAAUCUUUGAUGGGAUGACAUUGCAUGACCUAUCUAGACGAUCCGGUGCAUCUAUUAGUGCACUUCAAAGCAUACUUGCAGAUCUUGGUGAAAGGGUUGAAUCAGAAUUUGACACUAUCAGCAUUGAUCUUGCUGAGUUAGUUGCUAUGGAAAUUGGUGUUAAUAUCAGAAGAAUGCACACAGGUGAAGGUGUGGCCGAACCACGGCCUGCUGUUGUAACAGUUAUGGGUCAUGUUGAUCAUGGUAAAACAUCGCUUCUGGAUUCCCUACGGCAAACAUCUGUUGCAGCUAAGGAAGCUGGCGGGAUCACUCAGCAUAUAGGUGCCUUCGUUGUUGAGAUGCAAUCUGGAGCCUCUAUCACAUUUCUUGAUACACCAGGGCAUGCUGCAUUUAGUGCUAUGCGGGCCAGAGGUGCAGCUGUUACAGAUAUUGUAGUGCUUGUGGUUGCAGCAGAUGACGGUGUGAUGCCUCAAACCCUUGAAGCUAUUUCGCAUGCAAAGGUAGCAAAUGUUCCCAUUGUAGUUGCCAUAAACAAAUGUGACAAAUCUGGAGCUGAUCCUGAGAGGGUCAGAAUUCAGCUUGGUUCGGAAGGGUUGCUUUUGGAGGAUAUGGGUGGUGAUGUACAGGUUGUUGAAAUUUCUGCAUUAUCAAAACUUGGUUUGGAUAAACUGGAAGAGGCUUUAUUUCUUCAGGCUGAUAUGAUGGACCUAAAAGCCAGAACAGACGGGCCUGCUCAAGCUUUUGUGGUGGAGGCAAGGGUGGACAGGGGCAGGGGACCACUUGCAACAGCUAUAGUUAAGUCUGGCACAUUAGUUAGUGGGCAAUACAUUGUUGUGGGGGCAGAGUGGGGAAGAAUUAGAUCACUUAGAGACACCGCAGGGAAAGUAACAGAGUCUGCAAAACCCGCAAUGCCUAUUGAGAUUGAGGGGCUAAGGGGCCUUCCAAUGGCUGGGGAUGAUGUAGUGGUUGUUGACUCGGAGGAAAGGGCGAGAAUGCUUAGUCAAGGGCGGAAGAAGAAACAGGAGAAAGAUAGGCUUCGGAAGAUUGAUGAGGACAUGACAGAGGAGGCAGAAAUUGCAGAUGAGACUCCUGAAAGAGUUGAGAUGCCCAUUAUUGUCAAAGCUGAUGUGCAGGGUAGUGUUCAAGCAGUUACAGAUGCCUUAAGAAGUCUUAAUAGUCCACAGGUGUUUGUGAAUAUUGUUCAUGUUGGUGUCGGCCCAGUAAGUGAACAUGACAUUGAUCUGGCGCAAGCAUGCCGAGCAUACAUAGUUGGUUUCAACGUUCGCAAUCCACCGAGUGCAAUCACUCAAGGAGCAACACAAGCCAACAUAAAGAUUUUGCUGCACAAGGUGAUUUACCAUCUCCUUGAGGAAAUGGGAAGGCUGAUUGUGGAAAAGGCACCAGGGACUGCUGAAACCCAAAUUUCAGGGGAGGCUGAGGUUUUGAACAUAUUCGAGCUGAAAGGACGUAGCAAGUCAAAAGGGCCAGACAUCAAGAUUGCUGGUUGCCGGAUAACAGAUGGGCACUUCAGCAGAUCCGGAACCAUGAGACUGUUGAGAAGCGGAGAUGUUGUCUUUGAAGGUCCAUGCGCUUCUCUGAAGCGAGAGAAGCAGGAUGCUGACACGCUCGACAAGGGUGACUGUGGAUUGGUGAUAGAGGAUUGCGAUGACUUCCAGGUUGGGGAUACCAUCCAGUGUUUGGAACAGGUGAUGAGGAAACCCAAGUUCAUAUCAACACAAAGCGGCGCAGUUCGUAUAGAGUGCUGAUUGAGAAUAAUUGUUUGGUGCUGGCAUGAUCCAUUGCUGUGAAUUUAACCAUUCGUUUUGAACUGACCAAAAUUUUGGAUAUAUAGCGAGAUAAAAACCAGGUUGUCAUUGUGUAUGAUGACUGUUUGCAAGUUGCAACAUCCAACACAUUUCAAUGUUCUUUUUUGUUGUUGUGGGGAACCUUUCAAUGCUGACCUAGAAAAAAAAUCAUCUCCUGGAGAUGCUUUAAGCACUGUAACGCUGUGUGAGAUGCCUACGUGAGAAAUGAUGUUGGAGUUGUAUAUUCCUGAAAUUUUCAUAUGUUCUGUAGGCAAAGUGCAGGGGAGGCUAAUUACUUUAGACAAACAGAACAAAUGUGUGAAAUAAAUCAUGGACAUAGUUUUGUUGUAUCUUGUGCGCCUAUAAAGUUUCAUCUAGAAAUUACAAUGUGUGACAUUCACAAAAAGAACAAAUAAUGUAUACUAUUCACUUAUGUUUUUUUC